AUGCAUAUCCGGGACAUGAUCGUCGAGGCCGAGAAGGACGGUUUGCCGUCCUUCUCCUUCGAAUACUUUCCGCCCAAGACCGCCCAGGGUGUCCAAAACCUCUACGAGCGCAUGGAGCGCAUGCACCUCUUCGGUCCCAAGUUCAUUGACAUCACUUGGGGCGCCGGAGGCCACGUCGCUGAGCUCACCGCCGAAAUGGUCACCCAGGCCCAGACGUACUUUGGCCUGGAGACCUGCAUGCACCUGACCUGCACCGACAUGGGCGAGGCCGCCGUCAACGACGCCCUGCGCCGCGCAUACCGCGCAGGCUGUACCAACAUCCUCGCCCUGCGUGGAGACCCGCCCCGCGACAAGGAGACCUGGGAGGCCACCGACGGCAACUUCUGCUACGCCCGCGAUCUCGUUCGCCACAUCUGCAAAACCUACGGCAAUCACUUCGACAUUGGCGUGGCCGGCUACCCCGAGGGCACCGACGACAACAAGGACGAGGACAUGCUGCUCGACCACCUCAAGGAGAAGGUCGAUGCCGGUGCUUCGUUUAUUGUCACACAGAUGUUUUACGACGUCGAGAACUUCUUGCGCUGGCUGGCCCGCGUUCGCGAGCGCGGUAUCACCGUCCCCGUCCUGCCCGGCAUCAUGCCCAUUGCGACCUAUGCCAGCUUCAUGCGCCGUGUCAACCACAUGGGCUGCAAGGUCCCCGCGCGGUGGGUGGAGAAACUCGAGCCCGUCAAGAACAACGACGAUGCCGUCCGUGAGAUCGGCAAAUCCCUGGUCGCACAGCUGUGUCGAGACAUCCUCGCAGGAGGCGACGUGAAGCACCUGCACUUUUACACCAUGAACUUGGCGCAGGCCACGCGCAUGGUCCUCGACGAGCUCGACUGGCUGCCAUCCGCCGACCGCCCGCGCCCGCCGCCCGCCCUGCCUUGGAAGCAGUCCCUGGGCCUGGGUCGCCGCGAGGAGGCCGUGCGCCCCAUAUUCUGGCGCAACCGCGGAAAGUCGUACGUUUCCCGUACCGCUGACUGGGACGAGUUCCCCAACGGUCGCUGGGGUGAUUCGCGGUCGCCUGCUUUCGGCGAUCUCGGCAACGCUUACGGCGUUGGUUUGCCAGGAACAAAUGCCCGGAACCGCGCAAAGUGGGGCGAGCCCCGGUCUAUUGCCGAUGUUGCUAGCAUCUUUGUGCGCUACCUCAAGGGCGAGUUGCAGUCUCUGCCGUGGAGCGAAUCGCCGCUCACUGGCGAGGCCGACAAGAUCCGGCAGGACCUGAUCGACCUCAACAAGCACGGUCUCCUCACCAUCAACUCGCAGCCCGCUGUCGACAGUGCACCGUCCUCUGACCCCGUGCACGGCUGGGGCCCACCGAACGGCUACGUCUACCAGAAGGCGUAUCUCGAGCUUCUGGUCCCGCCCGCCCUCUAUGCUGAGGUGAUUCAGCGCGUGCAGGCCCACCCGCACCUGACCUACCACGCUGUGACAUGGAAGGGUAAGCUGGAGACGAACGCCCCUGGAGAUGGCCCCAACGCUGUCACCUGGGGUGUUUUCCCCGGUAAGGAGAUUGUGCAGCCUACGAUUGUCGAGAGCAUCAGCUUCCUCGCCUGGAAGGACGAGGCCUUCCAGCUGGGCGCCGACUGGUCCCGCUGCUUCGAAGCCGGCAGUCCUAGCCGCACCCUCAUCCGCGGGAUGAUGGAUGAGUGGCACAUUGUCACCAUCGUGAACAAUGACUUCCACCAGCCGCGGACCAUCUUCGAGGUCCUUGCCGGCCUCCAGCUGUCUGACAUGGACAAAGAGGUCGAGGCCGAACCUGUUGAAGCUCCGGAAGCCACCGAGGCAACACCCGUCAAGCCCGUCAAGGACGCCGUCGAUGCGCAGGCGGCGCCUGUCGCAGCUUAA